CUCAGGUUAGGCACACCUCCCAUGAUGGACAGAAGUAUCCCAGACUUCAGCAGCUGUAGUUCUGUGGAUGAGUGGCUGGACACCAUCAAGAUGGGCCGAUACAAGGACCAUUUUGCUGCAGGAGGCUACCUGACCCUAGGCCACGUCAUAGGCAUGAACCAAGGGGAUAUCCACAGGCUGGGGGUGACACUGAUGGGCCACCAGAAGAAGAUCAUGACCAGUGUACAGCUGAUGCGUGUCCAGGUGCUCAACAGAAGUGUGCCCUCGGUGCACGUAUAACUUCAGCCUCAAGGCUUCUCCAGCCAGCCGAUUUUCAAAUCUAGCCCCAGGCUUCUGAGGCCUAGUCGGAACUCAUGGGAAUUGAUCUAUGACUAUCAGAGAAACUACAAUGUCCGGGUGACAUUUUGGUUAACUUUUCAAGACCUCUUCUUUGAGAGAUUGAAACUUCAAGAGUACAGAUAUGAAGGGACUUGAGUACCAUAGCCUUUGUUUUUCCUAUUCAGAUAUGUUUCAUGUCUUGUUUGUAAAAAUGUAUGGACUGCCUUAAUCUCCACAAAUGAUUUAAAUGUUGUUGUAUACAAAGAGAGAUUCUAUUCAUAUUAAUGUAUCAGUUAAGUAUACGUUACAAUGGAUCUGAGUGAUAGCCUAACAUACAGUAAGCGAGAGACUGGCAGGGGCUGGAGCACUGAGCUGUGUCCCGCAGCACACAGCUUCUCCUAUGGUUCCCCUGAGAACUGGCCCCAGGCCCCUGUCUACUUGGCACAAGAAGACCCUGGACCUGAACCUGACAGUGGACAAACAGCAACAACCUACUCGACUCACCAGAAAUUCCAAGUCUCCUCCACUAAGAAGGAGGCCAGUUCCAAUUCGGCUAUGAAAGACUGUACGGAGUCACAAUCUCACACAGUAAACUUUCGAAGGACCCUAGGAGAGAAGCACUGUGUUCUCUCCCUGGUUCAGCUGUGUAGCGCACAACUACUGUAGAACAGAUGUAUGGAUGAUGACUCAUUGUGAUUAUAGUGUUUUGACUCUGUGGUGGUAAGGACAAAACAAGAAAUAGGGAAAGUGCUAUAUGUGGAAUGUUUUUAUCUAAAUACUCUGAAAACAAUAUUAUUGACGGUCCUAGUUCCACUGUGCAAUCAAGAGAAUGGUUUUCUAAUGCACCUAUGUUUGAUUUCUAGUGGUCUAUGUCUCUUUUUAUUGGAGAAGAAGCUCAUUAUAUUCCCUGAAUAUGCAUUGUAUAACUAUGGUGACAUUUCAAUAAUGUUUCCACAUUUUUCUCCUGAGACACUUUUUUUUUAAACAAUGGAGUUCAAUAGAAAUUCCAUAUUUUAUGAAAGUAUGUUUUAUUAGAUCUAUCAAUUGACAAACAGCCUUCUGUUUUCUAUACCAGUACAUACCUACGGUCACUACAACAGGAUGUACUAACCUCUGUCUGAAAUUAGGUGCUCUAUUCAAUCAGUAUCGGUGAAUCGUUACAGAUUGCUCAAUAGGUAUUUUAAGGUAAUUUCCGAUUAAGUCGAAAUAUGCAGGGUUUAACGUGAAUGCUGUCUCCACUAACGCAGGAACAUUGCCUUUACAUUUCAAUCACGCUGUAACGUUGAACAUCCGCAAUACGGAUGGAAUAGAGCCCGAGGUCUAUUUGCUCUCAAACAAAAUUCAAAAGACAAAAGCUUUUUGCAAAGAUUGAUGGAUCAUCCUUGUUUGUCAUGUUGAAUCAUAUAAUACAAAUAGUGACUGAAAAAGCAAUACCCCUCUGUCUGCACGACUCAGUGCUGAGUCCACUGCCAUGAUUCACCUGGGAAUAAAUAAAAUGGGUUUAACACAACUGACCUGUCUCGCUUGGGAUGUUGCAGAAUGUUUCACAUUCCAAUUCGGAACACAACACAGUGACUAAUGUAGGAAUGAAUAGAAAUGAAACAAAACAGGGUUAGGGUUACAGUAAUGGAUUUUGGUUUGGUCAGGGUGUGAUUUGGGUGGGCAUUCUAUGUUCUUUAUUUCUUUGUCUCUGUCCGAGUGUGGUUCCCAAUCAGAGGCAGCUGUCUAUCGUUGUCUCUGAUUGGGGAUCAUACUUAGGCAGCCCUUUUCCCUCCUUCUGUGUGGGAUCUUGUCUUUGUUUGUGUGCAGGUAGUGUGCACAACGAAGCUAU